GCAGGAAGGAGUGCCAGCCAUGGGGCAGGUUUAUUACCCCCACUACGGAUCAAAGUCCGGGACGGGGGCCUCUGGCCAACACCGCUCUUUCUGUCGCUCGCUCGCUCUCUGUCCUCGUCCCAUUCAAGUCUCCUCCAUGGGCUGCUCUGGCUGUCAUGGACAUCGGCGUGAUUAGCGGCUCGGUGGUUUGACCCCCAACCCCAGCCCAGAUUCAACAUGAACAUCCCACACUACCAUCCAGAGCAGGCCCAGUCUAUGGGCCUUCAUGCCUUGGAUUACGCACCGGACCUCCGUACACUUGAGGGACCUUCAAUGUCCCAGGAGCCCAAGGUGGAGCCAGGCCAGCAGCCCAACCCUGAGGAAAGAUGUCCAGUGUGUGGGGACCGCGUGUCGGGCUAUCACUACGGUCUGCUCACCUGUGAGAGCUGCAAGGGCUUCUUCAAGCGUACGGUGCAGAACAACAAGCGCUACACAUGUGCGGAGAGACAGAGCUGCCCCAUGGAUCCUGCCCAGAGGAAGAGAUGCCCGUCCUGCCGCUUCCAGAAGUGCCUGGCUGUCGGCAUGAAGAGAGAGGCUGUGCGGGCAGACCGAAUGAGAGGAGGACGGAACAAGUUUGGCCCUUUGUACCGUCGGGACAGACAGCUGAAGCAACAGAGAGGCGUUUACAACCAGCACAACAACGCCCCCUACAGGAUUAAACUGGAAUCACAACCAACUCAGCUGACACCACUGGCCCAUGACUUUCACCGGCUGCCGGUGUCCAAUCCCGCACCCGCCGCACUACACCCGGACCCUUACCACCUCCCACAGCCACACACCCCCUGCAUGGCUCAGUCCGAGUUCCCCAUGCUGCUGGACUCUUCCAGGGAGAGAGUGCUGGCUCCCCCUGCCCACUCCUCUUACGCCAGCCUCUACCACCACCCCCAGUUUCAUGGGUGUCCCCUGGAGAAGAGGCCCGUCUCAUACAACUGCAACCCAGCAUGCAUGUCGCCUCCCACACUUCUGCCCAUCCUCACCCCUAUGUCGGGCACACCAGCGGGCACCCUGACACCAACCUCCACUCCGAGCUCCACGCCCACGCCCACGUCCACUCCCAGCACGCCCACGCCAGGCCCAGCCACUUCUCAUCCUCUGCCCUCGGAGGGCUUCCUGGACGGGCUGCUGCAGGGUGAGCCGGAUGAGGGCCAGCUGUGUGCGCGCGUGCUAGCCAGUCUGCAGAGGGAGCAGGCCAGCCGUGGCAAACACGACCGCCUCAACACUUUCAGCAUCAUGUGCAAGAUGGCCGACCAGACGCUGUUUGGACUUGUGGAGUGGGCCCGCAACAGUGACCUGUUCAAAGAGCUCAAGGUGGAGGAUCAGAUGGCACUGCUGCAGACCUGUUGGAGUGAGCUGCUGGUCCUGGAUCACCUGUGCAGACAGGUGGCCUAUGGGAAAGAGGGCUGCGUCUACCUGGUCACAGGACAACAGAUUGAUGUCUCAACCGUGUUCACUCAGGCUGGUGUCCCUCUGAGCAGUCUGGUAUCGCGGACUCAGGACCUCGUCUUCAAACUAAGAUCCCUGCAGCUAGACAGGCAGGAUUUUGUGUGUCUGAAGUACCUGGUUCUCUUCAACCCUGACGUGAAGUCGGUGCAGGACCGGGAGCAGGUGGAACGCACCCAGGAGCGAGUCAACCGGGCCUUGAUGGAGCACACGCUACGUGCGCAUCCCAGCCACUCGGACAAGUUCGGCCAGCUGCUCCUGCGGCUGCCUGAGGUGCGCAGCAUCAGCCUGCAAGUGGAGGAGUACCUGUACCAGCGCCACCUGCUGGGUGACCUGCCCUGCAACUCACUGCUCACCGAGAUGCUCCACGCCAAGCACAAUUAGAGCUACUCACCACUGCUACACACCCAGAGAUUGUCGUCCAUCUGGGGCCGUAUUCACAAAGCCUUUUAUCUUACCACUAGGAGUACUCCUAAAUCUCACUAAAAGAUUUUAA